CGCACGGUUACACUGCACAGCAUUCAACACUUUGGAAGUGAAAUAGAAAGUUUUUAGUUUGUAAAUAAACGCGGAAUACCCGAUCACUUUCUCCUAAUAUACGUUACGUUUUGUACUAUUUAUUCACUAUGUUUUCGGUAACUUGUGUGGCUCCUGUAAAUAUUGCUCUGAUCAAGUAUUGGGGAAAGCGCCAUGAAGAUUUAAUUCUGCCCGUCAAUGACUCCCUAAGCAUGACGCUAAGCACAAAUGAGCUCUGCGCAAAGACAACAAUAACUGCCUCAAAGAGUUUCGAACACAAUCGAAUGUGGCUGAAUGGCGAGGAAGUCUCCAUCGAAGAAAGCUCACGUCUCACGCGGUGUUUAAAGGAAGUUCGCCGCCUGGCCCUGGCCACUGGCUCGCAGAAGGUGUCACCAUCAUGGAAAGUACACAUUGCCUCGGUCAACAAUUUCCCCACUGCCGCUGGACUAGCAUCUAGCGCUGCUGGUUAUGCCUGCCUGGUGUAUUCCCUAGCCCGUCUCUAUGAAAUUCCAUUUAGCGAUGAGCUAACCACUGUGGCUCGGCAGGGCAGUGGGUCAGCAUGCCGCAGUUUGUUCGGCGGAUUUGUUCAAUGGCAUCGUGGUGUCCUGGACAAUGGCACCGACUCUGUGGCCAAACAAAUCGUAUCGUCUCAGCAUUGGCCCAACAUGCACGUUCUCAUUUUGGUGGUGAAUGACCAGCGCAAGAAAACCGCAUCUACCAGGGGAAUGCAGAAUGCUGUGAAUACGUCGACGCUCCUUCAUCAUCGCGCCGAUAAAGUGGUUCCCGAGAGGAUAAAUCAACUGAGGGAGGCCAUUCAAAAUCGUGACUUUCAGACUUUUGGAGAGAUAACAAUGAGGGACUCAAAUCAGUUUCAUGCAAUUGCCAUGGACACCUAUCCGCCGUGCGUGUACAUGAACGACGUGUCCCACGAGAUUGUAUCGUUUGUGCAUUCCUACAACAAUGCAAUGGGAUCCCUACAUGCGGCGUACACCUUCGAUGCCGGGCCGAAUGCCUGUUUGUACGUUUUGGCGGAACACGUCCCCCAGCUGGUUGACGCCAUUCAGAAGGUAUUUCCCAGUGACCUAAUGGACAGUGCCGAAUACCUACGGGGCCUACCCAUUUCCCCCGAACAUCUGGAGACUUCUCAAAGCAAUAAAAUUGAGUCGCUGGGCAUUGAGCCCAAGAAGAAUUCCAUCAAGUAUAUAAUUCAUACGGAGAUUGGUCAAGGACCAAGUCAAUUGGGAGAAGAAAGUAGUCUACUGAUAAACGGGCUUCCACAGAACCAAAAAUAAUACUGCUUGACUGUUUUUUUUUAUAUAAAAUUUUGUACGAAUUCUACGCUAUUGUGAAAUUUUGCAAAAAUUUGCUGGCAAAAAUCGGGUUUAUGGUAACGAUAACGAUUUUUGUUUUUGAAUGUUGUUAUCUGGAUAAAUUAUAAAAAGUUGUUAAAUAAAUCUUUUGGGGAAUCCAUAUUUUUAACAUUUGUAUUAUUUAAUUAAACAACAUAUAUCGAAGUGCCGAUUGAUGACGCAAAAAAGCUCAAACGAUGUAAUGAUCAUCACAUGAAACGAAAUCGAAAACACUUCGACCAGCUGAAUUCGUAUACAUACAUCAUGCUAUGCAUUUCGUCAGAUGUAGAUGUACAUAGAGUUCAUUCAUACGCCUGUCCACCUCGAAGAUGUAUGAUUUUAGCUUGUGGCAUUUAUUUGAUAAACAUUCAAUGUGUCCCUGAUAUAUAGACCUUUUUGUGUGCAUGUAUGCGCCGACACAAUUAUUUAAAUGCUUGGUAAUCGGUCUUUUUUCAUACAACUACAUACAGAGUGAAACUUUAUUUAACAACAAUAAAAAUAUUUGUGUAUGGAUGUAUGUAUAUUUAUAUAUAUUAUAUAUUUCUUGGUUUUCACUUUUUUUUAAUGUUGUUGGUAGCUUUAAGAGAAGAAAUAAUCUUGAAUUUUGCGUAUAUUUAUGUAGUGCUGCUUCACCGGGGAGCAACAAUAUUAUUUUUGUUAUAUAACUGUGUGUGAUGCCAGCACUGCCAGCCGGUUCUGC